UCGAAUUAUUCGUGUCGUAAAUAGUGAUUAGACUUGUAAAAGGAAAGAUACCGUGUAAAAUUAUUAAAGACACAAAAUUAUGAAGACCCGAUCAUAAACCAUUUCGUCUUUAACCAGGAAGAAGUUGUCCGUAAGGGACGUUUCAUCGAUUUGUCAUUAAAGUAACCUUGCGGUACCUCCUAUUUACGAAGCUAGACACGCGAAACAUUUUUCUGGUUAAUCUUUUUACAAUUGAUAUAUUAUAAUCGUGCACUUCAAUGAAUGUAUUUCUAAUAAUACAAUCACGAAUGUAAAUUGCAAAGAAUAUCACUCGAGUGUUUUUUUCUAUAAUUCGACAAACAUUGAGUACAGAGAAAAUUUGUUCACGUGUAAUAAUCUUUAAACAGACAUCUAAAUCUAAUUCUUUUGGAAGUUCGUGGUCCAUGAAACUUCCGGUGUCCUUGUGUCCAGCAAAAGCUGAUAAAAGCUAGGAAGCAACGUGAAAGGCGGCAUACGAGCAACCUGCGCAUCUGCGACCGGGUCAAAGCGAUUGCGUAGAUUGAAACGUGGCGGUGCACCAGUGAGAAUCGAGAAUCCGGCUCGCUUGCAUGCGGAUCUAUCUCAAAAUAUUUAAAUAUUAAACAUUAAUUAUCAAUAGAAAUGGCAUUUUGAAAACUUAAUUCGUUGUAAUUGUUGAAAAGCCGCUUUUUCGAAUGAAAAAGAUAACAAAAAAUUAUGAAAAAUGUACCUGAAUACGAUUUUCAAAUUAUCAAGAAGUAUUUGUAUACAUGUUAUACAUAUUAAUGUUUUGUGAAUGAAAAGUGUAAAAUAUGACAAGAUAUCUCAUCAAAUUUGGAAAUUUUUAAGUAAAAAUAUAAACUUUAUAUUUCUUUUUUUUGUUUUACACAAAGAAAUAACCAAAGAAAUAAAAUUUUCUUUAUUAUUGUGAAAAGGAAGACUGGUUGUACUGUGAUAUCAUAAUUAUUAUCUUCGCGCGAUCUUCCAAAAUAUAAUGUUUCGUUAUGGCAGUGAAAUACUUGGAUGGUCCUUUUGUGUUCAGACUCAACGACAAUGGUAUAGGACCACAUCUUCUUACACAGGUUUGUACGGAACGUGGUUGGAGAGAAUAUACUGGCGAAAAUAAUGUAUUCAAAGAUCGAUGGAAUUUAUGGUGGCGAUCCGGCGGUUUCCCUUUACCCCAUUAUAAGCUAUUACUUCCGUGGCAGAAUUCCAAAAGGAAGUUCAAUCUGUAGAAAAGACAAUCUUAUCCGUCAUCUUAGAUGCAUGAAGAAAAUGCACGGUUCGAUCUAUGAUUUCAGUCCUAUAGGAUAUAAUUUGCCAUCGGAAUAUACUAAAUUAGCGGAAGAAUGGAGUCGUUGCGAGCAUGAUAGAGUUUGGAUCUGUAAACCAGUUGGUCAGAGUCAAGGCAAAGGAAUUUUUUUAUUUCGUAAAUUAAGUGAUCUUACAUAUGAUAAUGCAGCAAUAGUCCAAAGAUAUAUUGAAAAUCCUCUUCUAAUCGGGGGCUACAAAUUCGAUUUACGAUUGUACGUGUGCGUACCUUCUUAUCGACCUCUAACGAUAUAUUUGUACAAAGAAGGAUUGGCACGAUUUGCUACGGAAAAAUUUUCAUUAGAACAUAUAAAUGAUUCUUUCCGACAUCUUACUAACUUUUCCUUGAAUAAAUUGGGCCCAGGAUAUUCUGAGAAAAAAGAACGCAUCGGUUCUGGUUGUAAAUGGACUUUUAGACAAUUAAGAAGAUAUUUUGAACAAGCUGGAUAUUACGAUUGGUUUCUUUGGCAGAGGAUAGCUUGUUUAGUUAGUUUAACAAUACUAAGUCAAGCCGCGAGCAUACCAAAAUCUUCCAAUUGUUUUGAAUUCUUUGGAUUUGAUGUAUUAAUUGAUAAAAAUUUAAAACCAUGGUUAUUAGAGGUGAAUCUUAGCCCAGGUUUAAGUAAUGAUUGCGAAAUUGAUUCUGAAGUAAAGAAACCUUUGCUGCAUGAUUUAUUCGAUUUAUUAGGUCUUCCAGUAUGCAAUACUGGACUUUCCCUUUUUACAAUAUGGUCAACAAUUGAUGAUGAGGUUGAAAUGUCUUCCAAGUAUUGUACAAAUCGAACAAUGAAAAAAAAAUCGAAAACUUAUCGGGAAACUGAUGGUUUUUUAAACAUAUGUACGGAACUUCGGCCUACUCUCAAACAUUCAACCAUCAACAAUUCUUCAAAUUUGUGGUCUCUUUACACUCCCUUAUUAGUGGAUAAAUACAUUCCACGCGGUUUUCAGGGUAAUAACCCACAAAACAACGAUAAAACAUCAAUAUGGGAUAAUGGUAAAGAUUGGAGUAAACCAUGUACAAGUGAAGGAGGAUGGGUCCGCAUUUAUCCAUUGAUAUCGAUAAAACCUAAAUAUGCUAUUGAUUAUGUAUCUUUAUCAGAAACUACAAGAAAGAUAGAAAAAGAAAUUAGAAAUACAGUUAUUUCUAUACAAAAAUAUUUGAAAGCUGCCAAAGAAGUGCACAAGAAAAAUGAAAAAUAUAGAGAUGAACAAUAUAAUGCUAUGUUACGAAAAAUGUUAGAACUUAAUACUGAAAUUUGGCUGCCAUCAAAGUGAACAAAUAUUCUCUAUAUUUUAUUCAUCUUUUAAGUAAAUUUCAGCACAAUGCUUUGACCAAUUAAAUUUUAUAAUACUACAUUUAAGACACAUUUUUAACACGU